AGACAACCAGCCAAGCCUCUCUUCUUACCUCCGUCCGCCGUUCCCUCUCCUCGUUGCCGGGUGUGAAGCCUGAUAUGGAGUCACAGAGGGUAGGUACACCAAGAAACGGGGAACUGAAAACUGCCCUAUGCCGUUUGCGCCAUCCAACCAGGGUCUCUGGAAUCAGCCUCCUGUUUGAUUCUCCGUCCACAUCGACCAUCAUCCUCCCUUGGCAGCCUACCUAGUCAAGCCACCCGCCCGAUGCGAGAUGUCUCUACCCUCCCGUCGAUGCGGAUGCGAGAGAAAUCUCAGGCGCCGCCAUUCCCAUUCCCCCACGUCUAAGCCUCUCUUUCUUCCUUUUCCUCCACUCUAGCCUACAUGAGCUUAUUCCUGAUCACUCCAAAGUCUAAGAGAAUGCGAGAGAGGAGCCUUGUUCCUGGUAUCCGGUCACUAGUGACUGGUGACGACUUAUCCUGCUCGUUCGUUCACGGUUGGGUCUCCCGCUCAGCCCAGUAGCCCGGUCUAGCGAAGUAGAGCGAAAUGAGAGAAACCCUUACUCCCUAUCGAGAAAUGUCUCUCUCCCUGCAGAUAAAGCGUAUAUAUCAUCUAUCCUCUUUCCCCGUGCUCGAAAUGAAAGGUGCGAUGUUUGCUUGUUGGUUCCCAAACUACCUCACCUUAGCCAGGCCCGAGCUCGAACAAUCCGACUGUUUAAGACAUCCCCUUAACUCCUCUGGCACGUAAACACGACGAGACAAGAAAAGGAGCUUGACAACCACCUCGACUAUUUCUCACACGCACCUCUUCUUCUCUAUUUCUUCCCUCGCCUGCAUAGCAGAAGAAGCUCGAAUCACCGAAAACGAAAAGAAAACUCACCAUCAACACAAUGGCCGGCCCCCCGCCCCCUCUCCCGCCGUAUAUCGUAACCUUCGGCCCCAAGUCGAACUGCACCCUCGACAUCUGCCCGCUCGAGUACAGCCUGUACAAGUACCGCCCCAACCUGGCCGUCAACAUCCUCUUCCUCGCCCUCUUCGCCCUCGCCGGCGCCGUCCACGUCUUCCUCGGCAUCAAGUGGCGCCAGUGGUGGUUCAUGGCCUUCAUGCUCGCCGGCUGCCUCAGCGAAAUUGUCGGCUACGUGGGCCGCAUCGUCAUGUACAAGAACCCCUUCGAGUUCAUCGCCUUCAUGCUCCAGAUCGUCUUCAUCACCAGCGGGCCAGUCUACUACACCGCCGCCAUCUAUGUUACCAUUUCAAAGGCCAUCGAAUCCUUCGCCCCAGAGCUCUCCCGCAUCCCCACAAAGUACAUCUACUGGCUCUUCAUCUCCUUUGACGUCUUCUGCCUCGUCCUCCAGGCCGCCGGCGGCGCCCUGAGCACCACCUCCUCGGGUAGCUCCGACGUGGGCGUCGACCUCGCCAUGGCCGGCCUCGUCAUCCAGGUCAUCGUCCUCGUCGCCUUUUGCUCGCUGUUCGCCGAUUACAUGAUCCGCUACACGCGGUCCGACGUCGCGCGGGCGCUGACGCGUCGCGAAAAGACGUUUUUCGGGUUCCUGGCGCUGGCGGUCGUGCUGAUCCUCGCGCGGUGCGCGUACCGCGUCGACGAGCUGAGUGAGGGGUAUUCUAAUUCUGACAAGAUUACGAAUGAGGGGUUGUUUAUUGGGUUGGAGGGAGUCCUCAUUAUUUGUGCAGUCUUUGCGUUGUGCCUUGGACACCCCGGCCUUCUGUUUGGCAAGCCCAAGGCUUCGAACGGUGUGAGAAAGGAGUCGAGUGUAGAGAGCGGCACCGAGAGUGCUGCGGCUGAGGUGGAGCGCAAGUGAUUUCAGAUACCAUUCUGCAGAGCGGGACUCGAUUUAGCAGUGUAUUUUCUCUUUGCGUUCUUCAUUAUCGUUCAUGAGCGGACAUCGAAGCGCAGCUCUGUUGCUCUCACCUUGGUUAGUUUUGGGUUUCCUAAGGCAUUAGAAGCGGUAUCAGUAUGACAUGAACACAUAGACAUGGCGAUUAACG